AUGGAUGAUCUGGAGUCGGAACUCAGGGUACCUGGAGAAGAACUGGGCGAAAAUGAGUCUUCAGAUGAUGAUGAAUCAAUCAACAGAAAACGAAUCAAGAAGCCAAACCUACCCCUGGCGCCUCCUAUAUUUAAAGGUAAUUGAUAAAUUACAGUGUGUAGACGAAUAUGUGAACCCUCGAGUAAGCUAAACCAGCUAGUUCAAGGUCCUGCCUACCGAUUGGUGCUACAUACACUAUGUAUACACAAAAGUAUGUGGACACCCCUUCAAAUUAUUGGAUUCGGCUAUUUCAGCCACACCCGUUGCUUACAGGUGUAUAAAAUCGAGUACACAGCCAUGCAAUCUCCAUACACAAACAUUGGCAGUAGAAUGGCCUUACUGAAGAGCUCAGUGAUAUUCAACGUGGCACGGUCAUAGGAUGCCACCCUUUCCAACAAGUCAGUUCGUCAAGUUUCUGCCCUGCUAGGGCUGCCUCAAUUAACUUAAAGUGCUGUUGUUGUGAAGUGGAAACGUCUAGGAGCAACAACGGCUCAGCCGCGAAGUGCGAAGUGGGGUAGGCCACACAAGCUCACAGAGGACCGCCGAGUGCUGAAGCACAUAGCUUGUAAAAAAUCAUCAAUCCUAGGUCGCAACACUCACUACCGAGUUCCAAACUGCCUCUAAAAGCAAUGUCAGCACAAUAACUGUUAGUCGGGCCGAGCAGCCGCACACAAGCCUAAGAUCCCCAUGCUCAAUGCCAAGCGUCGACUGGAGUGGUGUAAAGAUCGCCGCCAUUGGACUCUGGAGCAGUGGAAACGCGUUGUCACAUGUCUCCAUCUGGCAGUCUGACGGAAGAAUCUGGGUUUGGUGGAUGCAAGGAGAACGCUGCCUGCCCGAAUGCAUUGCACCAACUGUAAAGUUGGGUGGUGGAGGAAUAAUAGUCUGGGGCUGUUUUUCAUGGUUUGGGCUAGGACCCUUAGUUCCAGUGAAAGGAAAUCUUAACGCUACAGCUUACAUUGACAUUCUAGACAAUUCUGUGCUUCCAACUUUGUGGCAACAGUUUGGGGAAGGCCCUUUCCUGUUUCAGCAUGAUAAUGCCCCCGUGCACAAAGCGAGGUCCAUACAGAAAUGUGGAAGAACUUGACUGGCUAGCUCAGAGCCCUGACCUCAACCCCAUCAAACACCUUUGGGAUGAAUUGGAAUGCCGACUGCCAGCCUGGACUAAUCGUCCAACAUCAGUGCCCAACCUCACUUAAGCUCUUGUGGCUGAAUGGAAGCAAGUCCCCGCAGCAAUUUUCCAACAUCUAGUGGAAAGCCUUUCCAGAAGAGUGGAGGCUGUUAUAGCAGCAAAGGGUGUACAACUCCAUAUUAAUGCCCAUGAUUUUGGAAUUAGAUGUUUGACGAGCAGGUGUCCACAUACUUUUGGUCACGUAGUGUAUGUCAGUGUCUGAUUAUCGUUUUCAUCUUUACAUAAGAUGCUCUCUUUAGUCUUAUUAAUCAGUAGCUAUGUCUGUUUCAUUACAGAGACACCCCGUGAGACUGGCUUUCACAAGACCACAAGGAACUGCCUCCAACACAUCAGGGAGGUCUUGCUGCACCAUAGAUGGCAGGAUGCCGCAGAGUACAUGGCCAGUUACUCACAGACACUGGAGGAUACCACUGCAAACAUGCCACAACUCUACGCUGAGGUAGGUCUAUCUUUGGACUGACUGAACACUCACAAAGUGUAGCUAAGAAAUACUGUAUAGAUGCUAAGUUUGAUUUCUUCAAACUUUGUCUUUCAGAUAAUUUGGAGGAUAGGCACAGAGAUACUACACCACCAUCCCGAAUCGAAGCUGGAAGACUACAACAGCUUCUAUGAGCGAGUGAAACACUCAGGAGUAAAGCAUUACCUGAAGGUAUGUUCCUUAAUUGACCUCUUGAUCUCUACACUAUCAGCCCUACUAAAGGGCCCUAAGUCGAUAGGUUAAAAAAAAGUAAUAUAGGACAGUCAACACAUCUGUACUUUUUGUUAUGAGCCAUUAUGACAUCUUCAAAAACAAACAAAGGGAUGGAAUGUCUUUACAAUCGAAAUGUAUAUCAACGUGCUUUGAGGAAGUGUUUUGUCCUGAAGGUCUGUCUGGAGCACUCGUUCCACCUCCUGGUCAACGGGCAGUUUGAGGAUGCCAAGCGUCAGCUGUCCAUCGCUGAGAGCUGGAGGUACGGCAAGCAGUCAGCCGGUCAGUCCCAGAGGAUUAAGCUGAUCCAGGCCUACAGUGGCUUCCUGGAUUACUUCAUCUGGAGUGACAAGAAAGCCACUGUAUCCAGCACAGGUAAGAGGACACCUGGCAACCACCAAGCGACCAUUAUUCAUUGGUUUCAAUGACAUUGGGAUAGUAGAAAUCCUUAUGUUGUUACAUCCCCAUCUACCGGCCAGGUAAUGUAACUGCGCCUUUAGGGACAUCAUUCCAAAGCAUUUCAAAAAGCAUGGUCAAAUAAAAGGUAACCAUAACCUGUGCUUGUGCUUUGGCUUAAAAUGGACGUUUGACAUUUUUAGAUGAGUAUGAUGCAGCAGUUAACCAAGAAAUGCAUAGCUACUUCCGACAAUCCUCUGUGAACCUGAAGGAGAUCAUGAAGCUUCCUGGCGUCUGGGAUCCUUUUGUUCUGAGUUACAUUGAUGUAAGUACUGGUUCGUGUUUAGUACGCAUGAAACAGGAGAACAUUUUCCAAACCGAAUUACUUGAAUUUGUCCAAUAAAAAACACUUGUUUUCAUUUUUCAGUUUCAAAAUGGUUUGCUACAAUUUGCCCUACUAAACAUGGCCCCUGGCAUCCCCUUUUUCCAUAAUUGUAUUACUUUUCCAUCAUUUAACUACUUUCCCUUAUCAGACAACCUAUGAUGAUUUAAUGUUUUGACUUGCGUGUGCCAAUGGCAGAUGCUGGAAUUCUACAACGAUCACGAGGGAGCUGUGACGGUUCUGAAUGACUAUGCCUAUGACAACAGUUUCCCCCCCAACCCCAAUGCCCAUGUCUACCUAUACCGGUACAUGAAGAAACACAACCAACCCAUUGAAGAAACUUCUCAAAGUGCUGAAGGUAGGACUGAGGCCAAUGUUGGUGUUCUUAACAGGGACGUCUAGCUGAAAUGCUGGGCACUGGCUUCUGUUUGUUUAAACCUUAAUUUUUAUUAAAUGAAAGAAUCUUCCAAGUUUUUUUUCUGUGGUGUUUCCUUUCCUUUUACAAUAUAGAGUAUUCUAGGCAAGGCAGAUGUUUGUUAAUGUCAUUGUUAAAGUGCAGUAAAAAACUAGAUUUUCCUGUGUUUUACAGUGAGGGGAAAAAAGUAUUUGAUCCCCUGCUGAUUUUGUACGUUUGCCCACUGAUGAAGAAAUGAUCAGUCUAUAAUUUUAAUGGUAGGUUUAUUUGAACAGUGAGAGACAGAAUAACAACAAAAACUUCCAGAAAAACGCAUGUAAAAAAUGUUAUAAAUUGAUUAGCAUUUUAAUGAGGGAAAUAAGUAUUUGACCCCUCUCAAUCAGAAAGAUUUCUGGCUCCCAGGUGUCUUUUAUACAGGUAACGAGCUGAGAUUAGGAGCACACUCUUAAAGGGAGUGCUCCAAAUCUCAGCUUGUUACCUCUAUAAAAGACACCUGUCCACAGAAGCAAUCAAUCAAUCAGAUUCCAAACUCUCCACCAUGGCCAAGACCAAAGAGCUCUCCAAGGAUGUCAGGGACAAGAUUGUAGACCUACACAAGGCUGGAAUGGGCUACAAGACCAUCGCCAAGCAGCUUUGUGAGAAGGUGACAACAGUUGGUGUGAUUAUUCGCAAAUGGAAGAAACACAAAAUAACUGUCAAUCUCCCUCGGCCUGAGGCUCCAUGCAAGAUCUCACCUCGUGGAGUUGCAAUGAUCAUGAGAACGGUGAGGAAUCAGCCCAGAACUACACGGGAGGAUCUUGUCAAUGAUCUCAAGGCAGCUGGGACCAUAGUCACCAAGAAAACAAUUGGUAACACACUACGCCGUGAAGGACUGAAAUCCUGCCCCGCCCGCAAGGUCCCCAUGCUCAAGAAAGCACAUAUACAGGCCCGUCUGAAGUUUGCCAAUGAACAUCUGAAUGAUUCAGAGGAGAACUGGGUGAAAUUGUUGUGGUCAGAUGAGACCAAAAUCGAGCUCUUUGGCCUCAACUCGCCGUGUUUGGAGGAGGAGGAAGGCUGCCUAUGACCCCAAGAACACCAUCCCCACCGUCAAACAUGGAGGUGGAAACAUUAUGCUUUGGGAGUGUUUUUCUGCUAAGAGAACAGGACAACUUCAGCGCAUCAAAGGGACGAUGGACGGGGCCAUGUACCGUCAAAUCUUGGGUGAGACCCUCCUUCCCUCAGCCAGGGCAUUGAAAAUGGGUCGUGGAUGGGUAUUCCAGAAUGACAAUGACCCAAAACACACGGCCAAGGCAACAAAGGAGUGGCUCAAGAAGAAGCACAUUAAGGUCCUGGAGUGGCCUAGCCAGUCUCCAGACCUUAAUCCCAUAGAAAAUAUGUGGAGGGAGCUGAAGGUUCGAGUUACCAAACGUCAGCCUUGAAACCUUAAUGACUUGGAGAAGAUCUGCAAAGAGGAGUGGGAGAAAAUCCCUCCUGAGAUGUGUGCAAACCUGGUGGCCAACUACAAGAAACGUCUGACCUCUGUGAUUGCCAACAAGGGUUUUGCCACCAAGUACUAAGUCAUGUUUUGCAGAGGGGUCAAAUACUUAUUUCCCUCAUUAAAAUGCAAAUCAAUUUAUAACAUUUUUGACAUGCGUUUUUCUGGAUUUUUUUUUUGUUAUUCUGUCUCUCACUGUUCAAAUAAACCUACCAUUAAAAUGAUAGACUGAUCAUGUCUUUGUCAGUGGGCAAACGUACAAAAUCACCAGGGGAUCAAAUACUUUUUUCCUUCACUGUAUAUAUAUUUCUACAGGUUUGAAUAAUACUGUGAAAAUGAUGAUAACGCCCUUUUAGUGGAUGAGUUGUUUGACGAGACCGCCUGAAAUGUCUGCCUGUUUUGGUGGGGUGGAGUUUUGGACUUCCUGGUGGUAAAUUAGUUAAUAGACCAAUAAGAGAGUUCCAAACGUCUCUGCUAAUAACAGCUCGUUUUCGGUUUUCCCCUCCCCGCUCAGACCACUCCCAGACAGUCCUAGCAAAAUUCUUGCUUGAGAAAUGGCUCUUUGCUAAGAAGCAAUUUCUGUUUCUUUUUGACCAUUUUAUUUUAAAACAAUCACAGUAAGGUACUUAAUUGUGACCAAGAAAUCUCUAGGCUACAGUUAGUCCUGCGCUCUGCCUCUCAAUAGAGACAGUACUGUUUAAUUAGUCCAUGUUUUCCAUUACAUUUGCCUUAGAUCCUGCAUACAUUGGUCCCAAGUCAUGAGAUGAUGCCGGAAUACUGUUCUCUUCUGCUACAAUCGGGUAUGUGAAUAUAAGAUCCUGCAUACAUUGGUCCCAAGUCAUGAGUUGAUGCCGGAAUACUGUUCUCUUCUGCUACAAUCAUAACAUUAUAUUGGCUUCUAGUGCCUUAAAGGCACACUAGGGUGUAAAAUGAGGAAAACAAGCCAUUUUAAAGUCUAUCUUGAUGUUUUGGUCAGUUUUCAAUGUUGUCGGGUGUGUUUCUGUCCUCUCAGUGGCUUUUACACAUUAAGAUGAAUGUGUUUGGUGGAUGUGCUCUUCACAUUGACGUUGGUCCUUUUGAAGGUGUUCAUAGUAAAGGGUGAGUAUUUUUUUUUCAGAGAAAGAGGGUGAUCUUCAGAAGGCUCUAGGUGUGGUUCUGGAUCUCCUGGACUAUUCCAGUUGGAGGAGCAGCUUGGAUGUCUGGAACCAUUUGAGGAACAUCAUCAAGAGACUGAGGAUGAAGUAAGGAUGGCUGCAUGAAUCCACACUACUCUCUCUCUCAAAAGGAUGACUUUGAAAAUGCAUUCCCUUCGAAUAAAUGUAAUGUCGGCAUACAUUGCUUAUCUCUUCUCAUGGCUAAUUGUCAAGCCCUUAUAUCAUGCUUAAUUUGUGCCAAUUCCACUGGUUUAUUUUUUCCUUUAGAAAACAAUGGGGGAAGAGUUUUGCAGAGGAGAUGGUGAACAGAAAGGACUGGUGGCUAGCAAUACACUUCUCAACAUUCCAGGCCAGGAAAGAUUUGGCAGAGAAUAGAGAGCUACUGGAAGUGAAGAGCUUUGUGGUUGAAGCCUUUUGUCCUCGCUGUAAGUGAAGCUACCAAGUAACACCUUUAUUUUCUUUCUUUCAGUUGUGUGAGAUUAAGAGAUGUCCCCACUUAUUGUCAGUAUUUGCAGCCUUGGCACUAUGUGGCAAAAAAUACAAUUAGUUUAAGAAUACGUUUACUUCCUUGAACCACAGUGCUUGGCUGUCCUUAGCUCUAGUUUUUCCUGGUUCUGAUAGUGGAAAAGUGGCAGUAUGACAUCUUAUGUAGGCUAACCCAUUGUCUCUUUUGCCAGAUACUUCCAUGUACCACCGUGUUGGUAAGGAAGCCCGAAAAGGAGUAACUUCUGAGGCUCAGAAGGCUAAGAGGGCAAAGAAAAGGAUAAGGAAUCCUAGACAGCUAAGAAAUAUAAGAAGGCUCAGAAGAGAAAGUGGACAACAAAGCCAAGACUGACCUUAAGAAAGCUCCAAGAAUGCCACCGGCACAGUGGCGAGAACAAACAUUUUGAAAAUGUGUGAAGUGCUUCCACCAUUGCCAGAUCAUGGCAGACAUGUCCUCCUCAUACAGUCAUCAGGUCAGACUCUCUCCCCUUCCAUGACAGUUGCUCCAACUACAUUAUUUUUCUUAUCUAGAAUGUUCUUGGUUAUCUGCAGACAGUAGUUGCAGCCAGAUGACCAUUCCCCCCCCUUCAAGAAGAGGCAGGCCUCUCAUUGCAUUGCAAUGCUUUACAUGUCAAGUUCUGUGAUUGUCCACCAGGGAGCACUCACGCUAUGCCUAUGUUUUGAGUUGCUCUGUGUGCUGCUGCUGCUCCAUCUUAUAAGAAGCAGAAAUUGAAAGCUGUGUUCACUGUGGUAGUUGGUAGGGAAAAGGGAGUCUGGGCGUGCUACAGUAUUAUGUCUAGGUAAUAAGCUCUGAGGCAGGUGUGGCCUCAACUGAACUUCCGCUGAUACAUGGAGAACCCAGCUGCAUUUAGGCGGCGGCGACAUGUUGGAAUUGCUAAAGCAUUUGGGGACGCCAAAGAGCAGCAUCAUGACAACAGACGCAAAGGACAGUGCAGUGAUACGGAGAAAAAAAAACUACAUUUUUAUAAACUGCUGUGGCGAUUCUUCAGUCACGUUCACGUGACACGACAGACACCCUCAGUUUGGUGGUCCAAUAAAACCUUUGCUCUGCGGUCCUCUGUCUCUGUGUGAUGACAUCACAUGAGUGAUAUCCCUGGUUGGAAGCAGCCUUGGGUCCCUGAGGUAAAAUGGAGGGAGGGAGAACACACAGCCUUGGCUCCUUCCACACCUAUCCA